CUAAAACUCGAAAGCUAGCUACAAGUUCGUUUUAUUGGACGUGUUUUAAAUAAAAUAUUUCAGUAACGCUUAUGAAUUUUCUACAGUGCUUUAGACUUUCCCCCCCAAAAUUCUGUCGCUAUAACUAAUACCCAACCACCCUCUGACAUUUCUACUCGAUGGUACGUUCCGUGUCGUAAUCGGAAGAAGAUUGAAAACAUCUCAAACGCGGGCAGCGUUUCGUUCAAGGGAUUCAUUGAAAAUAAGUGGAACGUACACGCAACAUGCAGGAGGACUCAAGCCACAGUCCCAGCUACACCGUGCCAUGUGACGACUACGUUCAUGUGGUGGAGUUCAGUCCCUUCAGCUCCGGUACCCCGGCAUCUCUCCUGGCCUAUGGUGGAAACCAGUACCUGGUGGUGGGCACCUGCCUCUUCCAGGAGGAGGAUGUGGAGGUCGAGGGAGUUGAAUUCAAUGUUCUUCGAGCUUUUCACCAUGAACUGCGUGUCGACGCUCUAGCCUGGAGCCCUGAGUCUCGGCUGGACAGGAUACCCACUAUCAGGUUGUGCACGGCUGCAGCUGACAGAAAGCUACGCCUGCUGACUUCUGAUCUUCAGGAUAGGCAUGAAGUCAAGGUAAUGGAGGGUCACACCAGCUACAUUAACCAUUUGGUGUUCGAGCCCAUGGAGGGGAAACAAAUUGCUUCCGUCAGUGAUGACCACACUUGCAGGGUGUGGGACCUGGAUGGGAAUGAAAGCGCUACUUUCCGGCUUCAGUCUCCUGGCAUCAGUGUGUGCUGGCACCCAAAGGAAGUCUUUAAGUUAAUGGUGGCAGAGAAGAAGGGGACGAUUCGCUUUUAUGACAUGGUCACCCAGCAGGCCAUCCUGUCACUGGAGAGCGAACCGCUCAUGUCGGCAGACUGGUGCCUCACCAACACGAUCAAAGUAGGCGGGGUGUCGGGCAGCGACUGGCUGAUCUGGGAUAUAACUCGAUCCAGUUACCCACAAGAAAAAAGACCAGCUCACAUCGAUAAAGCACGGCUGUUUAGGUGGUCUCGAGCCAAUGAAAACCUCUUUGCCACCACGGGAUGUCCAGGAAAGAUCAACACUCAGCUGAUCAUCCACCAUCUCGGCCACCCGCAGCCAGUGGCGAUCGGGUCGGUGACCGUCGGAUCAGGCCUCAGUUGGCACCGGACGUUGCCGCUCUGUGUGGUCGGCGGCGACAGGAAGCUUUGCUUUUGGAUGACUGAGAUGUAGACAUCUGUUGUGGAAACCUGCGUCCUGUUUCUGUUUGUGCUCAAUAAAAUAUUUUUCCAGGUA